AUGAAGGCUUACCUACCAGCAAUGUCUCUGUGGGAAGUUGUUGAAACAGAUGAAGAACAACCACAAUUGAGAGAAAGUCGAACCAUUGCUCAAUUGAAGAAACAUGAGGACGAUUUAACAAAAAAACCAAAGGCUUUAACCUGCAUUCAUUUAGUAGUUUCUAAAGCAAUUUUCUAUAGGAUAGUGGCCUGUGAAACACCUAAAGAGGCAUGGGACAAGUUGAAAGAAGUAUUUGAGGGGAAUAAUAGAGUUAAGGCAGUGAAGUUGUUAACUCUCAAAAGGGAAUUUAAAAUGUUAAAAAUGAAAGAAGAAAAGUUUGAAGCCAAAAUUUCAACCAUUAAGGAGUCUUGCGACCUCAAAACUUUAUCCAUUGUUGAGCUCAUUAGUAAGUUUCAAGCUCAAGAACAAAGAACUUCCAUAAGGAAUGAAGAAGUUAGUGAAACUACCUUUCGAGUAAAGCACAUAGGCAAGAGGAUUACUACUUCAAACCAUUGUACCAUUGUAACUUUUGCAACAGAAAUGGGUACACAGAGAACUACUGCCGAGAUAAACAAAGAAAUAGAAUUCACAACAGCAACAUCAACCUCAACAACCAAAUUCAUUGGAGGAGACGAUCAAAAUAGGGAUAAAGAAUGUUUUAUGACCUCUCAUCUUCGUCAUAAGUAUGACAAGUUUACCUGGCUCAGUGACAGUGGUUGCACCAGCCAUAUGGCCAAGGAAGAAUCAAUUUUCUCUUCAUUGGAUAAGAGCUUCAAAAACAGUGUCAAGAUGGCAGAUGGAAGGAGAUAG